AUGGCUUCUACUUCGACAGCGACACGAUAUCAGCUUCCAUCGACACAGCAAGGUCCACGACACAGAGGACGCCAUGCGUCAGACUCGCAUGAUACAUUGGAAAACGCGAAAUCAUCGCUUGACUUCACGCAACGAGUCGAGAAAAAGUUAGCCGAAUACAACGCGUCGAACAAUGUCUUCAAGAGGUGGUUGUUUGAGAUGAUGAGUUGGUGUAUCAGUGCGGCGUGUAUGAUCGCAAUCAUCUGUAUCUACCUUCAGAUCAAAGAACACCCAUUGUCUCAAAGCGGAUUAUAUCUUACCUUGACUAACGUCCUGGGGAAGGUUUCUUCUGCUGCCCUGAUCGUGCCAACAUCGGAAGCACUUGGGCAAUUGAAAUGGAAUUGGUUUCAUGAGUCCAAGGCUAUGUGGGACUUCGAGAUAUUCGACAAAGCUUCCAGAGGACCCCUUGGUGCCCUGAUGCUACUGUUUCGAACAAAAGGUCGCUCUUUGGCUGCACUGGGUGCACUGCUUAUCGUUUUGCUUCUUGCGAUCGACACCUUUUUCCAGCAGGUGGUAACUUUCCCAAAUCAAUGGACUCUACAUGAAAUGCCUGGACAGAUACCAUACCUGGUUCGUUAUGACCCUCCUUAUCAGACGGAGUUUCAGGGCGGAUGGGAAACCAGCAUCUACAACUCCGACGUGAUGCCUGUUGUCCAGCAGUUCCUUUAUAGGAACGGUAGCAAACCUACUCCAUUUGGCACAAGUUAUCGUCCAGACAUUCCCCUAUCUUGCCCUACUAGCAAUUGUACUUGGCCGACCUACGACACACUUGCUGUCUGUAGCAAAUGCGCAGAAGUCAGCGACCUCCUAGGCAUCACCUUUGCUUGUUUGGAGACAACGGUAGAUUGGAGUACGAAAUGGGAAGGACCUAUUUCCGAGGUUCCCUACCCCAAUAACACGGUGUGUGGGCAUUUCCUGAACGCAACGGCGGAACUUCCGAUCCUUCUCUCGGGAUAUACCGUCAAAACCAAUGGAGACGAUAUCCACGACGAAACUCUGUUGCUUAGAACAAUUCCCCUCACGACUUUCCCGGCUAAGGAGCGUCUCUACGAUGUCGGGUCGGUGGCUUUCAAAAACACACGCAACCCAAUCUUUGAUGCUCUGAUAGCCUCGGCAACCGGUGGUCUAGAAAGUGUACAUCAGAACAAAACUCCCACGGUUCAUGAGUGUGUUCUCUCCUGGUGUGUCCAGACUCUCGAGUCAUUCUACGACCUGGGUGGAUACAAUGAACGCGUCGUUAAAUCAUACCAUAACACCACCAUCGGGCCAAGUCCAUGGAACUCAUGGGAGAUUCCGGCUGAAGAAGGAGGCGGAACCUUGAUUGAAUACAAGGAAAACAUCACCAUCGUACCCACAGGGGUCAGUCCAAACGACGCUAAACCCACCGAUACGAUGAUUGAAUAUGGCGCCAACAACGUUACUGCUUGUAAUUUCAUGAGUAUUUUUGACGAUUUCUUCCCUUCUUCGUACAGCGUAAGCAACGUCUCUGCGAUACCCAGGCUCAGAUACAAGGAGUUUCCCAUGUCCGGUCCCUCCCAGCGGUAUCUUCCAUACAGUCCCUGGAUGGUACCUAACAACCUCACGCGACAUGUAGAAAAGCCUGCUACAGCAAUGACGAAUCGAGUGAGAUCCUCCGACAGCAACGAAAUGCUCCAGGGUGAAGCGUUCUACAACGAACAAUAUGUUUCAGUCCAAUGGGAAUGGCUUAUCUUCCCAUUCCUGCUCCUGACGCUUAGUUUGAUAUUCUUAGUCUCGACAAUUAUCAAAACAUCCAAAGAUACCUCGGCCGGUAUCUGGAAGACAUCAGCCAUGCCGACGCUAAUCUAUAGUUUACCAAAAGACGCGCAAAGCAAGCUGAGUCCCAUAUCGACAUGGAAUGACUCCGACAAAAGCAGCAGAAAGGUUCGAAUUAAGCUGCUACCAAAUAGAGGUUGGAGGGUAUCUGGCGUCAGUCACCUGAGCACGUCACCACAGUUACCACAUCCUGCUGUUCAGGCUCCACGUGGCUGGAUAUAA